UUUUCCGGUCGGACUAAAAAUGUAGUGCCUUUUUUAGUGAGUCCGCAGCGGUCAAAAAAUAAUUACAUUAAUAUGGAAUCAUUAAGAUUAGGAAAAAUGUUAGCGGAGGAUGACUCAACAACCAGUAUUGAUGUUGGAAAUUACUUCUAUCAACUUAGGCACCUCAGAUCAAAAUUUCAUUGUUUAUCCACAUAUACUUUAUGUCGUUCAUCCAGUACAUUUGCAUAUGAUAUUUCCUACAGACCUUACACGAUUUGGACGCUAUGCGACUAUGAUUCUUCUCAAAAAACAGACUCACAAUCUCAAUUGCUAUCUCAACUGUUUCAAUCAAUCGCCACUUCAGUUAUCAACAAUGGCAUAUUGGCCCAGAUCAAACUAGAUGUUCUAAAUGAUCUAUGUAGCAAAUUGAAAGAGGGACCAAUAAAAUAUACCACCCGUGAAUUUAUUGAUCAACAAGAAGAUUCUUUUGCAGUCAUCAACAAUAUGAAACUGAACCAAUUACUCACAAUUUUAGCUGAUUCGAUGACUACAUCUAUUAAAAAUGCCAACGCAGUGGUGAUCAAGUAUUUUUACAACACUUCAGCGUAAAUAAUACCCU